AUGACAUCCACCCUCGCCGAGUUACGCCAGGUGCCACUCACUCAAGGCGCCAGCGUCAAAGGGGACUCCGGGCAGACUUACCGGAUUGAAGAACUGCUCACGGAGGCGAGGCAGACUGGGUUACACGUAUAUCGAGCGAGCGCCGAGGGCAAGCAAUACGUCAUCAAGAACAUGGUCCCCGGCGAAUUGGACUAUCAGCUCGAUCUGCAGAGACAAUUAGCUUCGUCCCCCAACAUCCGCACGGCCAUUGAUUCCGCCCGGGAGUCUGAGGCAUUCAUCUACCCCUUCCUCGACACCAAUCUCCUCCAAUUCGCCCAGAAACGCCUCUCCAUAGCCACAAGGAAGCAGAUCCUCCGGCGCGCACUACAAGGGCUCGUCGACAUGCACGCUAUUGAUAUGCAACAUAAUGGGAAGUUUGGCCGCACCUACCCCAACAACAUCCUCAUCGACUACACAGAGCCUGCUGCGGAAGGCCAAGAGUUCGCCAUCAAUCAAGUCCGGAUUGCCGACCUGGAGGAUACAGUCGUCGUCCCGCCUGGAAGUUGGCUAGAGGGACCUCUCUGCGGCAAUGCGAUGUGGCGAAGCCCCGAGAGCUGGGCGCGGUCCUUUCAAAACCAGACCUCCGAUGUGUUUUCUUUUGGUCUCGUGAUCGUCUACGUGAUGACCAAGCGGAUUGUCUUGCGCGUGCCCGACGACCAACUAAACGCGGACGACUCGUGGCGUCACAUUCUCCGCCUCCAUCUAUCAUAUUUCGCAGAUAUCGACGGCAUAGAGCGGUUUCUGGAGCAUCUAGGCGAUGAGAACCCUCCUAGAGAGCCGGUUGAGAAGUGGAUGUGGCUGGAGCCCGAGUUGAGGGACUUGGUGGCUAAGAUGACAUACAUUAAUCCGAUGAAACGGAUCACGGCGAAGGAGGCCUUGGAGCAUCCUUGGUUUGCACGCGUUGAGUAA